GCUUCUUCUUCUCUGAACGCUGCGUCUUCGUCGUCCGCUGUGCACUCUAUGCAUGACUUUGUUGGAGCAGCGCUCCAUGAGCCGUAUCAUGACAAUCCCCACACGAAGGGAUUCAUGCGUGUGGACCCCAAAGUCUUGACUGAUGUUGUACCCAAAAUUUUAAGAGAUGGAUGGCAGGUUAACAUCCAUGCAAUUGGGACUAUGCCAACUAGUGCUGCCGCGGUCCGCACUAAUGCCAACGGUGUGGUCCUAGACACAUUCGAGGCUGCCUUGAAGGACGUCGAUAUAACUGCACUCAGACCUCGCCUAGAACAUGCCCAGAUUCUGACACAAACUGACCUGGAACGUGUCGGAAAGCUUGGAGUUAUCUCAAGCAUUCAACCCACACAUGCGUACUUUGCGGAAGAACGUCUUGGUCCUGAGCGAGUAAAGGGGUCAUAUGCCUUCCGCUCCUUACUUGACCACGGCUCUCGAUUCGCCAUUGGCUCUGACUUCUCGGUGGAAGACAUGAAUCCGCUCGCUGGGUUCCAUGCAGCCAUUACGAGACUGUCUCCUGAAAGACAAUCACCCAAUGGCCCAUCGGGAUGGUAUGGCUUUCUCGUCCAAAAAUUCUCCAUUCAACUCAUGUAUGUUUCGCAACAACGGCUGACUCACAUGGAAGCCUUGAGAGGCAUGACGAUCGAUGCCGCAUAUGCUUCAUUUACCGAAGACAGCCUGAGUUCUCUUGUUCCAGGAAAACGGGCAGACUAUGUGGUGUUAUCACAAGACAUCAUGGCUAUUCCUGUCAAUCAAAUUUUAAGCACCAAAGUUCAAGCUACAGUGAUCGAUGGGCGUGUCGCCUUUGGACAGGUCUAAGACAAGUGGUGGAUGGAGGUGUGCUAGGGUGCCACCAAAAAUUGACUUGGAGUUCUAUACAGACGGACUCCCUCGCUUACCCCCAAUUAAAUACCGUUUUUGUUUUGCUUGAAGAUACAUGAAAUAACGGGUCCAGGCAUGCCCGGAGGGCUAUUGUAU